UUUUUUUUUUAUCCUUCUCGGGCACGCUUCACCUCGCUCCCUUUAGCUACCUAGGCCAAGAUCGGACUGUUCCUAUAUCGCUGUCUCUAAACGCUUUGUCUUGCUAGCCUCCUCGUUUUGCGACAGAUCAGCUUAUCACGACGACUCGACGACUCGACGACAUCAUAAUCGUAUUAUCCGAACAACCCUGCACUGCCGUACACCCUCAACGUGCCCGACGCCCGACGAAAAGUCCUGUCAAUAUACAGCAUUAACCAAGACAAUGCGCUUUGCGCCAUGUGUUGCGUGUUUCUGAGCAGCUCGUCCACCAACGACGUGGUCCUCCUGUCAGCUUAGGAUCUGCCCCGGCCCGCUCCCCGGUCCGCUGCCGCCUACCUCUCUCACCUUUGGCCUACUUUUGAUUAUACCGUUUAGUUAUUUUGCAUUUCGCCGAGUAGCACAGGUCCGCGCCAGGGGGGCCAGCCAAGGCAAAAGCUUUUUCUCACUCUUAUCAUCUGGCCUCGAAGUGCUUUACGCCGGAACCCUAAGACGAUUAUUCUUAACCCCGAGUAUGGACUCCCGUGACUCAAACUAGUCUGUAUAUCUAUUAUAUGUGGGAAGACGGUACGCAUCCGAGAGAUGUUGGCAGCUUCUGAGACCGUUGCACGACCUGCGACAACCACGUCUCUCUACUUUGACCUUCCGUAUGAGCAUCAACCUCUUCCCCGGCCGAGCCAACGGUCAUUCAAGAAACAUAAGGUGCUUCCCCGCCCCAGAGCCAACACAUCGGGGCCCUUCGUUGCGAGUGGAAGCCCAUCCACUUCUCGUGACCACUCGAAUUGUUCUGCAGCAGCUUUAAACCUCAGGGAGUCUGGUUCGCCGAGGGCCACCCAAGAUUAUUUCGAUCCUCGAGGUAUCGGUCCAAAUCUGCCGCCUACGCCGCCUGCCCAUUCGAGAACCUCGUCAGGUAGCCAGCCAACCCUGAUUUCAACCCCCCCUCCUGCCGAGAACCCGGCGCCAAAUCAGGUUGCAGUGGGCUCUGUGACGCCCAUUCCAGGCACACCUACUCUCCAGAGGAGCCCACCUACACCUGAUGUGACACCUCCCCAAGUUGGGCGUCGGCCUAAGGCAUUCCGUCCUAAUCUAUCUGACCGUCUACCUUCCAAAGCAACGGUAGAUUCGCGUACUGAAUCGUUCAAAACGGCGAGAGAAAGUCCCACUUCAUCUGACGAGGAGAAAACAACGCCUAGACCAUGCAUGCCUUCUACUAGGACGUGGCAGAAUGCCGAGGGGCGACGGGUUGAACCAAAGCCAAGAAAUCAGCGUGAUGCAGGCUUGGGUUUAAGAUUAGAUGUGGAUGACGAUCUAAUCCCGAGGACGAGGCAAGAAUUUUUCGCAUUUGAUGGAGAAUGGGCGUCAAAUAGUGAUGUUGAACAAGAAUGGGACGAUAAUCUCAGUAGGAACGUGACAGUGCGAAAACGUCGAGUAAAUCCAAGAGAAGAUAGACGGACAGAAGUGAUUGAGGACGUGAUGGUCACGCCAACUAAUGCAACGAGGGCUUUACGAUCUGUGUCGCUACAUGAGCGCGUACAAACCGCACCUUCGCCGCAAUAUUUUCCUUCGGAAUUUAGUAGUAAGAGCAGAUCACGUUGGACAACAUCAACCUCAGGGUCGUCGUCAAGCACUGAUUUCAGACGUUCCUCUGGAAUGUCGUCCAAAUCUACUGUUUCUACAGUCGUCGAGGCUAUAUUGGUUGAUGUGCCCACGAGACAACAGAAGACCUUGCGACAUGUUCGAAAGCAAACAGCCCUUAGAGAUUCUACUUCUGAAUUUUCUCCCCCAAGUUCUACAUCGACUUCAGUUCGCCAGAUGGAAAGUAGCAGACGACCCAGAAUUCUUGGCAAGGCCCCUGUCCCGCGGACCGAUAGCAUGGCAUCUACGGGCACUGUGAACUCUGUAGCUAGUAGAAAAGUGCGGCGUGAAGUAUGGCAGAGCGGUGGCAUUCCUGUUGUUGUCAUUCCCGAUCGGAAAGACUCACUCAAGUCCAAAGCCUCUAGACCACCUUCUCUAAGAUCAACAAACAGCAAGAGGAGCCACAGUGUACCACGAUCAAAUUUCUCUGGGGCAAGGGAUCAACCGGUAUCUUCGGAUAAUUCCCGACGGAGGGGUAGAUCUAUGUCAGUAACCUAUGGAUCAUUUCCCAAUGAUCAGCUCACCAUGGACUACCCUCCUAUUGUACCGAGAAGAACGACCUCUCUAUCUGCCCCCACUAGCCGAAACACAUCGCGUGCUGGGUCGCGAGCUGGGUCACUGACCGCUGAGAGUUUGAAGGCACACAAUGCCCUGAUUGACCAGGAAGGGAUUCAGCUACCACAAUUCACGGUAGAACCUGCACCUCACACUGAGAACACGAGCAGUCGAUCAGAUCAGAAACAAUUGUACCCGGCUCCCUCUGUCGAGUCACACAAGAACGAGACUCUGAACCAGAAGUCCCUGGUUGAUCAUAACGGGGACCCAUUCUUCGGCAAACGGCUCACGGCGUACAACACACCCUUCUCUCAGGCUUCUGUUGAAACAAACGGAACGCAUUCCGUAGCUGAUAUUGUGGAGGCACUGGCGGUGAACAUUUAUCCACACCAAAAUAAAUCUGUUCUCAUGGUCCAUCACAUGUCGAAGUCUCUCAGCAGUGCAAACGACAAGCAAGCAGAAACAUCUCCUGUGAGCGAACCAGAAGCGGGUAAAAUUACUGGCAAGCCAGAAAUCACGACGACUGGACCUAGUGAUGGUCCUGUGACCCCUCCCCAACCUCAACUUUCGAUGGAUGGUGUAGAUUCUCCUCUUAGAAAUCCACGUGCACCUCCAGAACCGCCGGCAAUCAAGUUCAUACCAGCUACACCAUCUGGCCUGACACCUGCAACAGAACAAGAAAAGAUGCUGGGCAACUAUUUCGAGGAAACUCAGAAACGGCCCUCGCUCGUCCGACGUGCACUGAGUCUUCGUAAGCCCUCGGACAAUCCCACCCCCCGCAGACCCAGCUUACUCUCACGAACUCUAUCGCUGUCUAAAACAACUCGUACGGAAACAGCAGAGAGCCCAGGCCUAGAGAAGACCCAGAAACCCAUCGUGCGUCAAUAUCCAACAGCUGAUGACCCUCCACCCGACGAAUCUAAGCUGCAUCCAUUCUGGCGCCCUGCUGAUGAUUAUUAUGAUGAUGCCAAUGACUUCGUAUAUGAUGUGCCAGAAGGGUCUCACGCAGAUGCUCAUUAUUCAUCGUUCGAUAACGGUCGUAGCCCCCUUCGAAGGAGCCUCAGUGAGCGGGUAAGACGCACAUUUGCGAUUCUGCCUAUCAAUGAUGACGACCAUGAUAUUACCGCCGACCGUCGCAGUCCGGAGCGACGCACAAUCAAGCGCACACCCAGUGGUAGUCUACGUGUGAUGCCACAUCGUGGGAGCCUCAGUAGUGUACGCUGGAGCGGGCUAUACACACGGGAAGACGACGAACGACCGUCCACUGCGCCUGGAAACUUCAACAAGCGUCUCUGGGGGUUAGAAAAGCGAGUCGACGACCGUGGACGACGUCUUUUCCCGGGUUGGCAAGAUAAAUUAGAGCAAUACAGACCUCAGAACCUACAACGCCGUCUAAGUGAACAUCGACGUCAGAAGCGAACGGAAGCCCUGCGCCAAAAGAUCAGCGGGCCACGUGAAGUCAGAGAUGGCGUCGGUGAGGUCAUCAAACGGAGGAGCUACAACGGUCCUUCGUACCAAAGUAGCUCACAGACUUCUACCCCUAACUACGCACGCACGCACAUGUAUAACCCGAACAUAUAGGGUUCAAACCUCGUUCUGUGCUUGUAUAAAUGUCUGAAGAGCACAAUGGCUCCAUCCUCACGGAGUUAGGUUUUUCAGUGAAUAUUCAAAUUUGCACCCUGAUUACGUAUCCCCCCCUACCCUCCCCCUUUAACGACGCACAUGAGCCACGAGAGUACCUAGAGUACACACUACACCCUGAAUCGAUUUGCGCUUUAUGUUACUACGUUUUGACGACUUGUAUGACGAUUGUUCGCCGCCUAUGAUAUGGAGGAGGCAUUUAACUUCACUUCUUCUUGCAUUUACUCCCGGGUAGUUGGGAUUGACUUUAGGAGGGAAAGGGAAAAAA